AUGCGCAAUUUCAACUGGGAAACUCUUCCCAAACACACUGUGGUGGGAAAGCACAACAUCUGGACCACGGAUACGAUUGACGGGGAGUACAAGCUGGACACGGAUCACAUGGAGGAGCUGUUCAGCCACAAGCAGAACCAGCAGCUCAAGGCCCAGAACCGCCAGAGUCUCAGGUCACAACCGACGGCCGGUGCAGGAGGGGAACUGGUUUCCAUCCUGAACUCCAAGAGGAGCAUGAACAUUGGAAUUUUCCUGAAGCAAUUCAAGCGGCCUCUGAAAGACAUGAUCCAAGACAUCAUAUCAGGCCGUGGUGACAGUUUCGGCUCAGGAAAAAUGAGGGAGCUGUGCAAGCUACUGCCAGAGGACGGAGAGGUCAAGCAGCUGGUGGCUUUUAAGGGUGCGGACUCGACUCUCCCUGAAGCAGAUCUGUUCAUGCUGAGGCUGGUGAGGAUUCCAAGUUAUGAAAAGCGUCUCAGCAGCCUGGUGCUCAAGGAAGAGUUUUUCCCCCUCAUGGAUGAAAUGAGAGAAUUCAUACGAACUUUGACGGCUGCUGGACGAGAGCUGUUGGAGUCUGAUAAUCUCCAUUCUGUCAUUCGUCUGGUACUGAAGACUGGAAAUUACAUGAAUGCUGGAAGCUACGCAGGCAGUGCCAUCGGCUUCCGAAUGGCGUCGCUGCUGAAGCUGGUGGACACCAAAGCAAACAAACCUGGAAUGAAUCUGAUGCAUUAUGUCGUGAUGCAAGCUCUGAAUGCCGACACGGCCCUGCUUGAGUUUCCAGAGCAACUCACAAACAUCGUGGCUGCAGCGAGAUUAAAUAAAGGUGAAAUUGAAGCAGAGAUUGCACGACAGGUGAAGAAAGUACAAGUUGCCAAGGUGGACACCCUGAAGCAGGAAGACCUAAAGACACAGAUGGAGGAUUUUCUAAAGGAAGCUGAGGUCUGCUUGGCCGAAGUGGAAAUUGAAUUUCAGGAACUGCAGUCAGUGAGCGAUACUGUGGCCGAUUACUUCUGUGAAGACCCAAGCAAGUUCAGACUGGAGGAAUGUUGCUCCAUUUUCAACUCCUUUUGCGAAAGGUUCCUACGGGCCGUGCAGGAGAACAAGGCACGAGAGGUGGCAGAUGUGAAGCGGAGACACAGAGACAGAUUACAGAUUACUGCCAAGCGCAGGUCCAUAGCUACCUGUUCCAGCAGAGACAAGGAAAUGGACGGUGUCGCAUUAGAGUCCGUCCUCCAGAACCUCCUCACCAGACGUGGCUCCCGCAGGAGAGCUGAAAGACCCUCGUCAACUCUAGGAAGCCCGAUGAGCAGCAGCCCAAACAACGGGAGCUUAUCAGAAAUUACCUCACAAACAAACCUCCCCCCUCGCACCUUUGAUGAGGAAACCGAUCGGUACCCUGGAGAUCCAACCAAUGAUGAAUUGAUCCGUUUUCUGAUCAGCCCCCCCGCCACCCCAAAACGCAUCUUGGGCCGCCGCCACACACUGCCCACCAAGGUCUCUCCAACCGAUGAAGAGCAGGAUACUCCGUUUGAUCUGUCUCCAAUCAGAACUCCCAAUACUGCGAGAGCAGAGUUCACUGAGCACAGUCCCCCAAAACAAGUGUUUGUUUUUAAUGAGGCUUCUCCCAGCUUUACAAAAUCGGACGCUCAAGACUAUAGUUUGUCAGCAGAGAAGAAAAACCAGCCGAGUGUUUCUACUGCUCAUACGACACAUGAAGGGCAGGGGGAGCGAAACCACGAGUUGACGGAGCCCACAGGAAACCACGUGCAAGGAAAGAACAGUGAAAAUAUCGCCCCAAAGAGCUCGUGGACUAAGACCGACACGACUGGACUGUUUCUGAGCUUUUUCAAACGUCUUGGAGACAUUGGCAAAAAUCAGAGCAGCAAAGAAACGGUUCAAAAGGGCUCUGGUGUAUAG